GGCAUUUACAACAUUGUCUUUGUCUGAGAGGAAGACGGUGUUGCUCCCACCCCAGUCCAACUGCGCGUUGUUAUCGAAAAACUUCGACUGUACGUCUCCACGACCAAAGAGGGCGACGCCUACGCACGUCUCAUCAGUGGAUAUAGCAGCAAGGCUGGACACUACCGGAAAUUCCUCAUGUCGUCGGAAAACAAGAGCAUUCUUUCAGACAAGAAGUGCAAAAAAGUGUUGGAUUUUUGCGUCGCUUUGGAAGAACGGCUUGACAAGUUAACUGGAGCCAAGGCGCACAAUCCGCUAGACCAUCCUCUCCAGUACAUUGCAUGGACGAACGAUAUGGAAGCGAGGGUUGCUCAGCACCUGGCUCAUGUCUCUUCAAACUACAUCAUGGCCCUGUGUGACUCCAUCGCGCAGGUGGAAGUGGCAACGUUUGACAACCGGUACACUCUGGUAGCCAACCCUGUCGCGUUCCUGGCCGCAGACUACGAGUCUGUCCCUGCCGAAAUUAUGUUCACGUUACUCGCUGAUGCAUACACGGAUAAUGGUGGUGGGUUUGCUCAUACCCGCGCCGGGGAAAACCAUACGUCAGUCGAGAGUAUCACCAACAGAGUUUGGUACGACACCUUGCAAUGGCGGAACAAGAACACGCCGUACCCAGCCAACUUGGAACGGGAGUUGAAGGCGUACAGAAAGGUAGUCAGCGACGAACAAGAACGGGAAGCAGAGUCCUUUGAGAACGCCCACCAGCAGCUCGACCAAAUGGUCAGUGAUCACAACGACGAGAAAGCCGAUGCCAGGGAGAUGAUACAGGCCUUUUCCCGGCUGGCCGACCUCCGUGAUGAGGGGAAAGCCACUACUAAAGAUAACCUGGACCUUUAUCCUGGGUCGGAGAUCAGCAAGGAGGUCAACAAAUCGAUAGCUCGUAUCGAUCAAGAGAAAACUGAGCGCGACAUUAUUUACGACGAGUGUCAACAGCGGCUCCAGAGGGAAGAAGAGCUAAGGACCCAGUUGUUGGCGCUUAUAGAGGAGGCAGAGGCGAAACAGGCAGGGCAGACAGAGCAGGAGCAGACAGAGCAGAUGGAGGAGUAAUUUGCUAUUUAUAUGGACGGUGGAUGUAAAUUAG